GGCGCGGCGCAUGGAGCGUGAGCGGCGGCGGUCGCCGGGCUGAGCCGCGCCGAGCGGCCCGGACGUGGAUGUGGCCGCGCUGUCCCGCCCCCGCCCCGCCGAGCAGAAGCUGCUGCGGGACAAGUUGGAGAAGCUGAGACACAGUUAUACCACGGGCUCAAGGUCACACAGCUAGGACAGCAGGGCCACGGUUUGAACCUAGGCCAUCCCCACCUGGAGUCUGUGCUCCAGUCCACCCUUCCAGGGGGAGAUAUGAGAAAUGAGUGUUGGACGUCGAAGAAUAAAGUUGUUGGGUAUCCUGAUGAUGGCAAAUGUCUUCAUUUAUUUGAUUGUGGAAGUCUCCAGAAGCAGUAACCAAGACAAAAAUGGAAAGGGGGAAGUAAUCAUACCCAAAGAAAAGUUCUGGAAGAUAUCCAACCCUCCCACGGCGUACUGGAACCGAGAACAAGAAAAGCUGAACCGGAGGUACAACCCCAUCCUGAGCAUGCUGGCCAACCAGACCGGGGACCCGUCCGGGGUCUCCAACACAAGCCAUCUGAACUUCUGCGAACCCGACCUGAGGGUCACCUCGGUCGUCUCGGGCUUCAGCGAUCUGCCGGACAGGUUUAAAGACUUCCUGCUGUACCUGAGGUGUCGCAAUUACUCGCUGCUCAUCGACCAGCGGGAUAAGUGUGCGAAGAAACCCUUCCUGCUGCUGGCGAUCAAGUCCCUCACCCCCCAUUUCGCCAGGAGGCAAGCGAUCCGGGAAUCGUGGGGCCGAGAGACCCGCGCGGGGAACCAGACGGUGGUGCGGGUCUUCUUGCUGGGCCAGACGCCCCCGGAGGACAACCACCCGGACCUGUCCGACAUGCUGAAGUUUGAGAGCGAGAAGCACCAGGACAUUCUCAUGUGGAACUACAGAGACACGUUCUUCAACCUGUCCCUGAAGGAGGUGCUCUUCCUGCGCUGGGUGAGCACGUCCUGCCCGGACGCCGAGUUCGUGUUCAAGGGCGACGACGACGUCUUCGUGAACACCCACCACAUCCUGAACUACUUGAAUAGCUUGUCCCAGAGCAAAGCCAAAGACCUGUUCAUAGGGGACGUGAUCCACAACGCGGGGCCCCACCGGGACAAGAAGCUGAAGUACUACAUCCCGGAGGUGGUGUACGCGGGCGUGUACCCGCCCUACGCCGGCGGAGGCGGGUUCCUGUACUCCGGCCGCCUGGCGCUGCGGCUGUACAACGUCACCGACCAGGUCCUCCUGUACCCCAUCGACGACGUCUACACUGGGAUGUGCCUUCAGAAGCUGGGCCUCGUUCCCGAGAAGCACAAAGGCUUCAAGACAUUCGACAUCGAAGAGAAAAAGAGGAAUAACAUUUGCUCCUAUCUAGAUCUGAUGUUAGUCCAUAGCAGAAAACCUCAAGAGAUGAUUGAUAUUUGGUCUCGGUUGCAAAACGCUCAUUUAAAUUGCUGACGUGUAGACAGACAUACGUUUUCGCAUAGGAAGACAUCUCUUGGGUAGUUCCCAGGGGCGGGGGUGGGGGUGGGGUGUUUCUCUCAUUAGGGGUAAUUUCUGUGUUUAAACUGUUCAAAAUUGCCUUCAUAAGGAGCACCCGUUUGAGGACCGCUAAACCCUUUGAUGUACUUUCUGAAGAAGGAAAGCAGAAGAUUGUAAUUUUUAAAGGAAGCUGCAGCAGGAUGAUUGGUUCUGAUUCUUCCUACUGGCUAGUGGUCAUUAUUUUCUAAAUUCCCCCCCUCCUACCCCUCUUCUUGUCUGAAAUCAUGUUUUUGGAAUUUGACUAUAUUUUAAGUUAUUUUUGUUUUGACCUAAUAUUGUAAUAGUCCAACUUUUUGUUGGAAUGAGUGAAUUGUCUACAAUUUAGGUGUUUAAAACCUAUUGACUACCAAUAAUUUGUUAUGUAUGAUUCAAUGAUUUUUUUUAUGAUAUUUGAAUUACAUUUAUUACCAUGGAUUUUAAAUGAAUUAAAAAAAAUUAUUUAGAGUAAUUGACCUCUGUCGAAAUUUCCUGCCACCCCAGCAGUAUUUUCUUACAUUGGUAUAAUCAGUUAAUUUUUGCAAAACAAAGAUCGUUUGUGUGAUCCAGUUUAUCUUGCUGUGGCUUAUGGUCAUAAGGAGAUUAUGACCUAGGAACAUAAUAACGGUUCUUGCAUUUGAUUUGCUGGGUGGCAUGAUAGUUCACUAUUUUUAGCAUUUGAAAAUAAUGAGAACGAUUCCAUAAUGACCAAGUAAAAAUUGGAUUAUCCUUUGCAGAAACGUUACGUUUAUGAUUUUUUUUUUAUGUGGACCAGGAAAGCAUAUGUGAUUUUGGAACUUCAAGGGAAAGGAUUGAAGUUGCAGACCUUUUCACGACUGGUUUGUCAGUUUAAAACUCCAGGAUUCUAUUCUUGCCAUAUUUUCACAUGUUGCUUAGGCAGAAUUAUUCCUUAGUGGGUGACUGCUUCCCUGUCUCAGUGUAGAAGUGCCUGUGUUUUUAUUUAUUGUUCAGAUCAAUGACCAAAAAUUUUCUUAAAAUAUAUUUUGUGUAAUAUUUUAUUUGUAUACAGUGUUGUUGAUGAAAUAUUUAACUAGAGCAUGAUAUUUUAAAUGUAAGUUGUAAAAUAUGUAAAAUAAAGCUGUUAUUUUUGAAUUUUAAAGUUCAUUUUUUUUGAGAGAGCUGAAUGCUAGAGUUGACAAAAUUCUGCCAAACUAUUGCUUAUAUAUACCAUCUUGUAACAAUGCUUUCUUGAAAAAAAUUUUUUUUGUGUUUAUAGAGAUGAAGCUUCUUAUCAGAUGUGAUACUUGGAAAUGUAAGAAGAUAGAAAUAAAGUCUUUGUAUUUUUAA